AUGUCGGCCGAGGAAAUUCAUGCCGAGGUAAUAGCAGAAAGCAUUGCCUUGGCCAAACAACAAGAAAAAGCUCAGAGGGUAGAAUCCACAAGUUCACAGUUGGCUUUAUUUGAUGACCUGGAGGCAGAAAAUUCUGAUGCUGUCCCAGAGCUCAAGGUAGAGGCAGAACAACUUGUUGUGGCUCCUGUUCCCGUGGUAGCAGAGAACAGAACUGCUGGGGUCCUAGCUGUGAUGACCAGUCCUCUUAGGCUUCCUAUUGUAGCUACUGACUUUGAGUUUGUUUUGCAAAUGCCCAUCCACUCCCUUCUAGGUUCAUCCACCACGGCCUCCUUUGCUGAUCUAGAAUUGCUACAGUUUGAAGCUAUGGACCUAGAUGCUCAGUUGGACAAGCUGGAAAAACUUAGCUCCAGUCCAGGCAAGGCAAAGUCCAAGGUAGUGGAGGAGGCCAUGGAGAGACUGAAGAUCUGGCAAUCUACUGAGCUGGAGCUGGAUGAGGAUAGGGAAGCCAUUGAUCAAUUAAUGAAGGACUUGGACCUCCUGCAUAGGCAGAACAUGGCUCCCAAGCCCAUACUUGAGAUUAGCCUUGGCUUGGCAAGAGAUGUGCUCAACCUCCACUACCGAGCUGAGUUCUGUAAAGCCACUCACGAAGCCAACUUGGUUGAUUAUGCAAAACAGAAGGCAAAAUUGGAUCGGAUGGUUGCAGGGUAUAAGGAAGCUAAGGCCACUGCAGGCAAGCUGGAGAAACAGAUUGAAGAGCUUCAAAAGUAG